GCGGCCCCGAUAAAAGGACUGCCCGGGCCUCCCCGGCACCGCAGUUUAGAAGUCGCAGAGAUGGUGCUGACCGAGGACGACAAGACCCACGUGAAGACCCUCUGGGGCCAUGUGCAUAACCAUGCCGAAGAAAUCGCGGCCGAUGCCCUGACCAGGAUGUUCUUGGCGCACCCCACCUCCAAGACCUACUUCGCGCACUUCGACUUUUCCCCCAACUCGGCCAACAUCAAGGCUCACGGCAAGAAGGUGGCCAACGCGCUCAACCAGGCCGUCAACCACCUGGAUGACAUAGGAGGCACCCUCUCCAAGCUCAGCGACCUGCAUGCCCAGCAGCUGCGCGUGGACCCCGUCAACUUCGGCUUCCUGAGGCACUGCCUUGAGGUGAGCAUCGCUGCCAACCUGCAUGACCAUCUCAAGGCCAGUCUGAUUGUCUCCCUGGACAAGUUCCUGGAAGAAGUGUGCAAGGUCCUUGUCUCCAAGUACCGCUAAAUAAGAAGAUACCAGCCAGGCUGUGUGGGAGAGGUGCUCCCUGGACUCCUUUGCCCAUGCACCCCGUCUCUGUCCCACCCUAUCUGCAAUAAAGCUGUAUUGGCUUUAAAAGUA